AGAGAAUUAAAGCUACCUGAAUUAAAAUAUAAUGUGCUUUAGCUUCAUGUUUCCUCUUCGUACCCAUUGUAAAUCCCCUUUUUAUUUAUAAACAUUCCCACUUCUUCAUCUUUAACUUAAAGCAUGCAUUAAUUGAUUCUUAAAAGUUUUUUCUUGUUUAAUUUUCAUGAAGCUUGAGCAAGUUAUUAUGUUGGGAGAGUCUCCUAGUGGCCAAAACGCAAGCCCUCAAAAUGACAAUGCUAGAAGUAGCAGCAGUUCCAUUUCUCCUGCCAAUAGUAGCCCACAGUCAGAAAAAGAUCCCUGCCAUCACCCUGAAUCUUUCAGGAUUCCAGAGAUGGGCGUGCCAAUUAGCGAUUCUUCGGAGAAAAAACUUUGCUGGCUGCGCUCUCAAAUCAUUGGUGGCGAUAUGGAAUUCGAUUCCCCUUUCGGAAAACGUAGACUCACUUACGCAGAUCACACUGCCUCAGGACGCUCUCUCCAUUAUAUCGAAGAUUAUAUCAUCAACAAUGUUCUUCCCUUCUAUGGGAACACUCACACCGGCGACAGUUUUGUGGGUUACCGGACAACGAAAAUGCUGCAUGAAGCAUCUUACUACAUCAAGAGAUGCUUAGGUGGCGGGCAAGAUUACGCGAUAAUAUAUUGUGGAUCAGGCACAACAGCUGCCAUUAAAAGGUUACAAGAGGUUAUGGGGAUUGCAGUGACACCAAUCAUGAGAGAAAGGUUCAUAAAAUGCCUAAGUAAUGAAGAAAGAUGGGUGGUUUUUGUUGGGCCUUAUGAGCAUCACUCCAAUAUCCUUUCAUGGCGACAGAGCUUGGCUGAAGUUAUUGAGAUUGGUCUUGAUGAUAAUGGCUUAAUAAACCUUGAAGAGCUGAGACUGCAACUAGAGCUGUAUAAAAAUAGCAGCCGCCCAAUUUUGGGUUCUUUCUCUGCUUGCAGUAAUGUCACAGGAAUUUAUUCUGAUACAAGAGCGAUCUCUAGACUUCUUCACCAGCACGGCGGCUUUGCUUGCUUUGAUUUUGCUGCCAGUGGUCCCUAUGUGGAGAUAGACAUGAGGUCAGGAGAGAUUGAUGGGUAUGAUGCUGUGUUCCUGAGUCCACAUAAAUUCCUUGGGGGUCCGGGAAGUGCCGGCAUCCUUCUGAUGAGUGAGGGUCUUUAUGGGCUUGCAUCUUCUCCUCCAUCAACCUGUGGAGGCGGGACUGUACAAUAUGUCAAUGGCUUCAAUGAGGCAGACACAUUGUAUUUGGAUGAAACAGAGGAGCGAGAAAACGCUGGAACUCCUCAAAUAGUUCAAACGAUUAGAGCUGCAUUGGCGUUUUCGGUGAAAGAAUAUAUUGGUUAUGAAGUGAUUGAGAAGCAGGAAGCUAUGUACAUGGAAAGAGCUCUAGAGAGGCUUCUUCCCAACCCAAACAUUAAGGUUUUAGGAAACAUAACCGCCAAGAGACAAGCUAUAUUAUCCUUUCUCAUAUAUUCCACCUCCCUCGGAAACAUUAAAGUUGAAAGGGAUAAGCCUCUCCAUGGAGGUUUUGUAGCAACACUCUUCAAUGACUUGUUUGGAAUCCAAGCUCGCGGCGGCUGCGCCUGUGCCGGACCCUAUGGACACAACCUGCUCAAUAUUGACGAGACUCAAUCGCUUAAAAUCCGUUCUGCCAUACAAAAGGGUUACAUCGGAGUGAAACCGGGUUGGACGAGAAUUAGCUUCCCAUACUACAUGUCAAAUGAGGAAUUCGAGUUCAUUGUAGCUGCAUUAGAGUUUAUUGCAAUUUAUGGGCAGAGAUUUCAGAGCUUGUACCAUUUCAAUAUAAAAACUGGAACCUGGUGCUUCAAGAAGUCACUAAAGAACUUCAUCAGUAGUAAGGGAGGGAAUCAAAACAUCACUUCUAACCCAAUUGAGGAAGUUGAUGCACAACGUCUAGGACUGAUCUUAAAGUAUACCUCUUAUUUGGAGAAUGGUAGACAUAUUGCUAGUCUUCUUCCCAAGUUUCCUCCUGGCAGAAGUCUGCCGGAAGACAUUGAUCCCACUGUCUUGCUCUUCAAGAUCUAGUUAAAUUUUUGUUAUGAUUUUAGAUCUUUUACAAUGUUUUUUAUUUUUCUAGAAGUGUUUGAUUCAAUUAAAUUAUGUCUUUGUUUACUCUGGCUAAAAAGACAACCAACCCCCUUUAAAAUACAUAAUUAUAAAAAAUAGUACACAGACAAUAGGCACUAUCUCUUUUCUUUUAUCUAUCCUGUAUACUAUAGGUAAUAAAUAUAUAGUUAUACCAUGAACGUAGACAUUAAAAAUUU